AUGCUGGGGGACUCUAGUGUGUUAGGGAGCGCCAUCAGCCGCGAUGCUACCACCACAGCGGCUGUGGGGGUUCCCGAAGGCGGUGGAGGCGAUGGUGGUGGCGGCGGUGGUGGCUCGAAUUCGGGUGAGGACACUUUUAGAGGUGGGGGUGGUGGGGAUGAUUUGUUAGGGAGUGGUGAGAGGAGCUUUGGUGGCAACCGUUGGCCUCGGCAAGAAACUCUAGCUCUCUUGCAGAUACGGUCUGAUAUGGACGUGGCGUUUCGUGAUGCAAGUGUGAAAGGUCCAUUAUGGGAUGAGGUUUCCAGGAAGCUAGCUGCGCUUGGCUAUCAUCGAAGCGCCAAGAAAUGUAAGGAGAAAUUUGAGAACGUCUACAAGUACCACAGGAGAACCAAAGAAGGCCGGACUGGCAAGUCCGAAGGCAAGACUUAUCGGUUUUUCGAUCAAUUAGAAGCCCUCGAAAAUCAACCUCACACACCGGGAACUACUCACCAUCAUCAAGCAAAGCCUCAUCAUCAAUCUACAAUGGCUGCGGUGGCGGCAACAAUGGCAACAAUGGCAAGUACUAUUCCAUCAUCAGAUGCACCACACCCUAUAAUUAGUAAUGUGUCCUCUCAAGCUAUUGCCGCACCAACACUCAACCUCGCAGCUCCCAAUUCAUUCCCACCAACAAACCCUAUAGUUCUUCCACCACCGCCACAACCACCGCCGCCAACAACAACAAACCCUACGAAUAAUCCUCAUCAUCAUCAUCACAACACUUUCUCAUCCUCUUUCCCAAAUAUAUCCGCUGAUCUUUCGACCUCUUCGUCCACCUCCUCUGACGAGGAUUUGGAAGGGCGGGCGAAGAGGAAGAGGAAAUGGAAGGACUUCUUCCAGAGACUAAUGAAGGAGGUGAUCCAAAAACAAGAGGAUCUUCAGAAGAGAUUCUUGGAAGCCAUCGAGAAACGCGAACACGAAAAAAUGGUGAGAGAAGAAGCUUGGAGAAUGCAAGAGAUGGCAAGAGUCAAUCGAGAACGCGAGAUUCUAGCCCAAGAGAGAUCCAUCGCAGCCGCCAAAGACGCAGCAGUCAUGUCAUUCUUGCAAAAGAUAUCCGAGCAGCAGCAAAAUCCAAACCAAACCCCGCCACCGGGCCAAUCACAAAUCAAUAACAAUUUGCUGCAACUACAGCCACCACCACUAGUGCCUCCUCCUCCGCGGCAGCCUGUACCCCCCACCACAACCACAACCACAACCACAACAGCCCGUGACGAAUUUUGA